UAUAAUUGGUCCGACAGUGUGUGCAAGCUAAUUUACCGCGACACUGCACCUGACUCCCCACUCCAUAGAAGAAUGCGAAGUAGAAGACAGCCUCCAAGUAACAGCUAUUUAUUUAACAGGUCAUCCUACUCAAUCUACUCAGCGACGCUGUAACUGGCACUUGCGGACUCAGCAAUAAAAUACAAUAACAAUGCCACGUUCCUUUCUGGUAAAAAAACAACUCACUAAUAAGAAGCCAAACUAUGGAAUACUGGAUUCAAAAGUUGACGAGCUCCACACUAGCCUGGUCCAACCUGAGUUACUUUGUUACAUCUCUAGUACUCCUUGGCUGCCAGGGCCAAGUCUAAUCCCCACCCCAGCCUCCAUGCACUUUCCAGGGGUGGACGGGGACAUCAGCCUGUCCAUGCAUAGCCCCAGACAGGAAAGCACCUACUCCCUGUCAGUGUCUCACAACAUUCCUCUAAGAGACUCACACUCUGGAACUGAACCCCUGGGACCCCAGACCAUCCUGCCCUCACAGGACUUUAGAUACCUGGAGGAGAGAGGCAACAUGCGUAAUCCCCUCCUGGGCCUUGUUCCCACUGGUGUUAUUCAGGAACGUUUUGAAUGCUUUGAUUGCCACAAAGCCUACUUCACCUUCUCUGGGCUUGCCAAGCACAGGCAGUUGCACUGUCAGUGGCAGUGUCACAAAUAUUUCAGCUGCAAGUACUGUGACAAGGAGUAUGUGAGUCUGGGCGCCCUGAAGAUGCACAUCCGAACACACACUCUGCCCUGCGUCUGCAAGCUCUGUGGGAAGGCGUUCUCCAGGCCCUGGCUACUCCAGGGACACAUUCGGACACAUACAGGUGAGAAGCCCUUUUCCUGCCCACACUGCAGCCGGGCGUUUGCUGACCGCUCCAACCUCCGAGCACACCUACAGACACACUCUGACAUCAAGAAAUACCAGUGCAAGAGCUGCUCAAAAACCUUCUCCAGGAUAUCUCUGCUCUCAAAACAUGAAGAGACUGGUUGCUGCCCACUGUCCUGAUGCCACAGGUUGCCAGAGCUGUUUCCUGCCCACUUGUCUUUUUGCUUAGGCUAUGUCUGGUUCUACUAACAGACAGACUGCCUUAACCUCACAAAGCACUGGACAAAGACUUACAACUAAUGAUGUGGAGUUUGACUGAUUACUUUUUGCUCUCUGACAUUUUCUAGUUUAUGAAAUAAGCACAACGGAUGGUGUCCAAAUACUUCCUUAUGUCAUAUAUUGGGUUUAAGUAGGUGUUUGACAACAAGAACACAUUUUUUAAGAGGUUAUCGCAUG